AUGCUAUCAGCUACUACAGAAAGCCGUAGAGGAAUCAAGGGAUCAAAUUUGAUAUAUAGAGAUGAGCUGAGCAAGGAGAUAUUACCGAAGAAGAUAAAGAAAGGUGAUAGUUGCUUGGCAAAUUAUAAAGAAGAGGAUGAGAAGAAGAAUUUGGAGAAAAGAAGCUAUGCCAGCAGCGUGGAAGAAAAAGAUGUGAUUAGAGUGAAAGUUAAGAUGACAAAACAAGAAGCAGCUCGAUUAAUGUCCAAGUGUAAAGGAGGGGUUCUUGAAUUCAAAGAUGUAGCCCAUGAGCUCGAGCAACUUCCUGUUGAUCGUGUUAGUGUUAUGUCCUCCAAUAGUGUAUGUGUCGGCGUGCUUCAUAGUAUUCCUGAAGAAAACUAA